AUGUCCGCACGAACAACUUCCCGCUCGCAAGACGAAAGGACCGUGCGCGAAUGGGGCUUCCGCCACGUCUUCACGUGGACCGAUGCUCCCUACGCGCACUACCCUCCGCACCAGCACCUCGGCCUGACCACGCACCUGAUCCGCCGCGGAACCCUGACCAUCACGUACCCGGACGACGCGAACCCGACCAAGGAGACGUUCGGGGUCGGCGCCCGCAUCGACGUGCCCGCGGGAAAGACGCACGAGGUCUGGAUGGGCGAAGAAGGUGAGUUGAGUGCAUUCUCAUCUCUUUUCCUGGCACUGGCCCUGGCCCUAGUCCUGGUCGAGGUCAGGGUCGAGGUCCAUCUACUCAACAGAAUUCAAGAAAGACAUGCAACGUAA